UGUUAUUUUUAGGUGUUCUGCAAGGUAAAGAAAACAGCGCAGUAAUACUGGCAGGAAUGAAAAUCUAAAGAUGACGGAGAAAGACGGCGAUGCACCAGGCUUGUCUUUACAGAGAAAGUUAGCAGAUAUAAAGAGUACAUUUGUGUUCAGCAAUUGGUAUGGAGUUGCAAAACGUCACAUGGACGAUAUGGGAUGGGUAACAAUUUGUGGCGCUCAGAGAUCCGAUAAAACUACGCAUGCGCUGAUGCUGGCCGACCAGUACUACCAAGAUGGAUACGAGGUGUUGGUAGAAGAAAACGCAGACAGCUGUGGCCUCUUACAACCAGAGGAGUGGAGCAAACCGACUUGCCUUGUGCUUGAUAAUAUUCUGCAGUGCGACAAUGUGACAGCAGAGCGUCUGCAGAGAUAUUUCGAUACUCUCCGCAAACUAGAGAGUCGUGUAUUCAACGCAGGUCGUUUUACCUCGGAUUUUAAAUUAGUGUUGACUGUGGGCAUUUACGAAUUCAAUGCCCAUGCUAAACAGUUGAGCGAGUUUGACAAUACGUUUUUCAAGAUACCAUCGAUUGUAAAUUUGUCUGAAAUUCAUCUUACCAAAAACGAAGAAAACGAAAUGCUGUCUAAGCAUUUGACUCAUGCUGGAAUAAUGUAUCCAGACUUCCCGCCACUUUACAUAUUACAGGAAUUCCGUCGUGUCCCGUGGUAUCCAUACGUAUGUCGUCGAUUUGCUGAACUUUACCAUGAGAAUGAACGUUUUCGAGAACUAGGUUACUACGAUAAAGCCAUGGUGAUAAAGAAAGAUAUUUGUACUCUUGUUGCAGACAUCCGAAAACUGUUUUCUAUCGACAACUACGAAACUGAGAUGAAAAAAGUGGCUCUGAUAUUUCUCAUCCUCAAGGGUGGUCACAUUGCUCUACGUGUGAAUGAGAGCCAGAAGGAAGAAUUUAGAUGUGCCGUGCCUAAACCUUUAGUGGAUGCUAGCCUGGAUCAAAAGUUUAGAUUAGACAAUGGGGUUGAACAACACACCUAUGAUCCCACAUGUGACUGUAAUCUACAAAGCACUAUGCUAGGACUUUCUGUGAAUACAUAUGCACAUGUUCUGCAUACAGACACCGAUUGGUUCAAUGACAUGAUUGACAAAGACCGAAUUGAAUUCGCACAUGAAGAUUUGGACUCUGUCCUGGAGCAGGCUGCAUCGACUGUAGGUUUAAAGUCAUUUAAAGAUUCCCUGAAAACAGAAGUGUUAAAGGCAUUCUUAUUAUUUGACGGAACUCUAGUUUCUGUAACAACCAAACACGUGCUAUUCAAUCACAAUGUCUAUGACGCCGUUGCUUACGUCAUGAGUGAACUUGACCAGAAAUUUGCUAUCGAUUACUGUUCGAUGCGGUUUAUCAGCAACAGGCUGUCGACAGAUCAGCAUACUGCCCCGUUCUACACACACAUUGUUCUCGAGGACGAUUCUAGGUCCACUUUGAUCGACAGACUUAUUCGGGAGAUACAACAGGGACAUCUUGCUUCUCCAAUGUCCCACCCAAGUUUACUGAACAAACACUUGUCUGAUGAUUUUCAGUACAAAUUGUUCGACAUUCAUGAUGAAAUAGUUCACUGUUGUGACAAGGGUACAGGCUAUUACUUCUUGUUCUGGGCGGCACUAAGGCAACAUGGGUUGUGUGUAAAACUACUGCAGUCAGCACAGUUCGGUGAAACUGAACUUCUACAGGGCUGUCUAGCCUGCUGUCUUAAUGGUGAUACACAGAUCUUAAAUUUGUUGCUGGAACAAAUCCCCGAUGCAGAAAUAUCUCUAGAAGUCCCAAUCGGUGAGUUUGCGACAGUCCAUGAUGCAGACAAGGUACUCCGUAGCCUGUCUCCAACUGACGUGAAUAAGGUAUUGUUCCCUAGGGAGAAUGUCCAUUACCAUGGAUACCCAGGGAGUCGCAUGAUUCACAUCGCCAGUGCAUGUGGCCACGUCGAUGUCGUCAGAUGUCUCAUACAGAAAAGAUGCGACGUAGAUGCAGUCUGUCUGGAGACGGAGAUGACGCCACUUAUGUUCGCCAGCAACAGAGGUCACUUAAAGGUUGUAGAGCUGUUGGUAGAGAACAGGGCGGACAUACUACGAGUGAACAAAGAAAAUGAUUAUGGUCUCCACCUGGCAUGCAGAGCCAACCACGAGGAUAUCGUGCGCUUCUUCCUAAACGGCGAGAUGCACGUAGACUGCAGAGGGGAACACGGAAGAACGCUUAUCAUGUUUGCAUGUCGUUUCGGGUAUGAACGUCUUGUAAGUUUCCUGCUCAGCAAAAACCCAGAUGUAUAUGCUAUACCAAGAAAGGACUAUAACCACAACUGUCUGCAUCUGGCCUGCAUAAAAGGCAGUGUUACAAUCGUACAGGCCUUGUUUGACUAUGGCAUGGACAUCGAUGUGAUUUCCGAUGACCAAGUCAGGACUCCGGUAAUGUUUGCAUGUCGUCAUGGACAGCUACAAGUGGUUCAACUUCUUAUGCAAUGUGAAGCAAAUAUGACUACGGUUGACAAUGAUGGAUUAACCUGCCUACAUCUUGCAGCGAUGAAUGGCAAUGUUGAUUUGAUAGAGUUGCUUGUGAGUAUGGUAGGGCUGGGUAUCGACUGCCAAUCUGAUAGAGGAAUCACAGCACUGAUGUCUGCUGCCAGUAAAGGUUUCAAUGAAGCCUUCUUUUGGCUGAUCAAGCAUGGGUCGAACCCCUAUGCCAUUAACCGAAAGAAGGAGACGCCCCUACACAUGGCAGCACGAGGAGGCAGUGUUCAGAUUAGCGACUGGCUCCUUAAAAAAGUAAAAACACUACACGUGAAUAGGAAAUGCAGACGUGGUAGCUCACCAUUGGAUAUAGCUAUGGAAUGUAAUCAUUUGGAGUUGGUCGUUUUGUUUAAGAGCUGGAGUGGCCACAUGUCUUGAAUGUUCAAUUAACCAAUUUGCUGUUCUCUAAAUACCAAGUAUUGGAAAUGUUCUUAAUAUUAAGGCAUACAGAGUAUACCCUCGUGUCUUGUCUAUACUAACCUUGUGAAGAUAUACGGACCAAACGUAGUUUUUUUCUAAAUAUUCUAGAAUACAUUGAAGAUUCCUAAAACAAAAGUUAUAUAUUAUGUGUAUAUUUUAACCUAGUAUUAAACCAAUCGUUAUGAUAGUAUCAGACUGUCAACUGUCACGACGAAAUUAGCCAAUUCAACGGUUGCGUUGUAAUUGCCCCAACUUCGGACAUAAACGAUAUUCUGAUAUUUUUAUAUAUAAAACCUUGAUAUUUUUAACUUUAAGACGUCAAUUAAAACUGAAUUAAAGCACUAUAUAAUAAUUCCUGAUCAAGUGUAAUACAAAAUGCAUUUUUGUCUGAACCAAUUAAACUAGAAAGAGGUUGUAGGCACGUCGAUCAUUUAUCUCCAUAUAUAUUUGUUUUAUGUGUUCAAAUUCUCGGCAUCAUAGUUAGAAAUUCACCUAAUAUUAAAGGUAUCACUAUAGAUGGAGAGGAAUAUUUAAUCAUAAUAUGCAGAUAAUACUAGUUUUAUUUUUGAUGGCUCCGCAGAAUCUCUACACAAUAUACUGUCAGUUUUAGACUAUUAUGCAGUAUUUGGUCUCAAAAUAAAUUAUUCUACAUCAAAGCUAUUUGGAUAGGAAGUAAAAAAUAUUCAAAGGAAAUGUUUCACUAUACCAGAUGGAAGCUAGAAUGGGGUUCAAAACAGUUUACAUUCAUUCAUUCAUUCAUUCAACUUCUCAGUAAAUUUAGAAAAAAUGAUUGAACUAAACUAUGAAUAAAAAAUAAUAGAAAUGGAAAAGUUAACGAAAAUAUGGUCAUUUGGAAAGUUUACUGUUUUAGGAAGGAUAGCUGUUCUAAAACGUUUAAUAAUUUCCAAAAUAACACAUUUAUUAAUGUAUA